AUGUGUGGACGCGGUAAGGGGAAAGCAGCGGGCGCUAAAGCCGUCGGUAGCCCGCGGACCAAGUCAGCUAAGGCGGGUCUCGUGUUCCCAGUCGCUGCCGUGUACCUGGCGGCCGUGCUGGAGUAUGUGGCCGCCGAAGUCCUGGACCUGGCCGGUGCCGCGGCUACAGACAGCGAGAGGAACAGGAUCGUUCCCUUCCAUAUCCAGCUUGCGUUCAAAUACGACGUUGAGUUGAACCAGCUGAUGUCGGGAAGAGGCGUUCUACCAAACAUCCAAAACCAGCUCCUGCCUAAGCUUUAUAAGGAGAGCGACGCCCGCAAAGGCUAA